AUGCCUAUGGAGAUAGCUGUUCAGUCCCUCAGAAUUACUCACCAACAUGAUUUGGUUGGAGAAAAUUACUCUCAAGCCAUGCUGCUAGAACUAGAAGGAUUGGAUGCAAGAAGAAUUGACACCCUCAAUAAACUACUGGCAGGAAAGCAAGCUGUGUCAAGGGCCUACAACAAAAGAAUAAAGAACAAGAGUUUUGAGGAACGCGAGAUAGUCUGGAAAGUAGUUCUGCCCCUUGGAACACAUGUGGUUGGUUAUAGAAAGUGGUCACCUACAUGGGAAGGCCCUUUCAUAAUCAACCAGAUCCUUGGAAUAGGGGCAUACAGGUUGCAGGAUCGAGAGGGGGAAGUCCAUGUUGCCCCAAUCAACGGCAAAUGGUUGAAAAAGUUUUUUCCAACUAUGUGGGACUCACAAGCUGUACAGACAGAUCCCGGGAUAGAGAAGGAACAACCCUGA